AUGGAAGUGCCGAAUCCGAACUCAGGAAGCCACGACACGUUGCGUAUAAGAUUGGAUCCUGAUAUGCGACCGCACGACGAAGACUGUAAGACUGGGUCCACCUCGAAUCCGGACGUGCAAGUGUCGGAUCCUGAGCCUGAAAGGUUCAAGACCCCUUUUAAGAGUCAAGAUCCGGCCCCAGAUCCAAGCAAAGAGACUUGUCACCACGAUGGAGGUGCAGUGCACGCCGAAGACUACGACGGUGAUUUGGCUGUGCUCCCAGAAGUGACCGCCACUACGGCCGAAGUCCGGAUCCAGGAUCUCCACGUCGGAGAUCCUGAGGCGAACCCACCAGAAGAGAUCCAGCGGUUGGUUGACAUCAUUUGGGAUCAGCGACACUUGCUCAUCGGGAAGGGCAAUGCCUUACCCACGGCUACUGUUGGUGCUGUGUGUGACAUCGACGUCGGCGACGCGAAGCCGAUCGCGCAACGCGUGCGCAAGGUGGCCCCGCAGUAUCGUGAGAAGUCCUCGGAUCUGAUUAAAGGCCUCAUUUCGGCCAGGAGUAUCCAGGUCUCUACAUCGCCAUGGGCUUCACCGAUUGUGGCAAUUAUCAAGAAGAAUGGUGUUGACAUACGAGUGUGUAUUAAUUACGGGUUAGUCAACUACCUGACGAGGUUGAUGGUUUAUCCCAUGCCUUUGAUCAACGAUCUUCUCGAAGGCUUGGACGCAGUGCUAUGUGGUUUGUGGGUGGUGUCAAUGACGGAUCGCGCCCGCGCGAUCUUUGCGUUCAUCACUCCCUUCGGACUAUUUUGA